UUUGAACCAUAUUCCAGCUAACGGUGUGCUUGCUUCAGUUGCCUCUUUUUCCCCUGAAGGAAGAUCAUUUGUUAGGAUAAUGAAGAUAGAGGAGCAUGGUUCUCACAGUGGCUUUGAAGCAGAGGGAAAUGAGGCAGUGGCAGUGCAGUCACUGAACUUAAGCUUUGUGUAAGACAUUACAGUGUAGCUUUCUGUACAGUCUCUUUUUUGAUCAGCCUUAUGCUGCUGGCUUGGCCACCAGCAAUGUAUAAUUAUUUGCAGAUGUGGUGUGGUAUUGCAAAGUCAGAUGAGUCAGAAAUGAGUGUUCCGAGAAGAAAAUUUCUGUUCACACUAGUUGUUAGUUUAAUAGAAAUUUACUGUGACUGCAUGUACUGUUGGGCUUUUGUUAAUUGUUACUUUAUACUUGCAUUACACUUAUUUUAAAGCAGUGUUUAAGUAAGGGAAGGAGCAUUUGAGAAGCAGACAAACAACAAAACAUUAAAGCCUUUAUGUACAUUACUCUAGUGAGCUUGAGAAAGGGACCUUUAUCAAUGUGGAUGGUGCAAGUGAACAUGAAACUGAUGCUUUAAGUUUUAGGUUUCAUAUUUUCCAGAUUCUGCACUGCUUUAGUAUAUAACUCUGAACUUCACAUAAAGUGUUAGCAAGUUCUUUUCACAGUUUAGUUAGACGAAGCAAUCCUUUUCCAGCCUGAGAACCAAGGACACCAUUGCAGCUUCAGGCCCAAAAAGUAUAAACAACAGCAAAUUGAGGAGAGCAAACUCGGAGGGUGGUAACCUGAAGCUGUUAUUGGACAAUUAACCCCAAUAUGCAAAUGGACCAAAAAUUAUAAAAGUGUGAAACCUCAUGACCAGUUGUUCAUCUUGGGUAUAGCCAUGGCCGGGCUCUUGUGCUACCCAAGAUGUAUCCUUUGAAGGCCUUUUCAAUAAGUACCUACUUUAUUCCUUUAUCACUAGCAUCUGUUCUAGGUAGUCUCUCAAGGCAUCAAAAUCUUUCCACCAAAUAUCUAAAUAUCUGCUGCAGAUUGUAGCAAGGUAAGACAAAGAACAAAUGACUUAAAGUCACUUCUUUUUCAUUAAAACUGUAAAACUAAAUUGCAUUGAUUGAACAUAUUUUUUAUAAUAUUUGUGAGUAGGUCUAUUUUUAAAGUUUUUUUCCUUGAAUAGCUGUUCCUAGUCAAAGGCUGGAUAUUGCACAAUUUAGGCUGAUCAUUUCAAAAUAAUGUCACCAGAGCUGCACUGACUUGUAAGUAUAGAAUACUACCCACCCUUAAUUUCUUUUCUAGCACAAAAACAGUGGAGACCCAUAGUCCCAUUAGAACUUUUGCUUUUAAAGAAAAUAAAUCAGUAUUAUUUGUUGAAAACUGGAAUACUUUAAGCACUCUCCUUUUGUUUAUUUGUUUGUUUCUGUCCUUUAUUUUUAAAAGGCAGUUUAGUUUUUUGUUGACAUUUCGGGUUGUUUAGUGUCUUCCCAAGUGGGCUAACCUGAAAAUAAGAAAAACUGUGAAAAUUCAGCUUAGAUUUCAGUUGAUGAAAAGGUGGGAGAUGAAAAAUUCGGAGAAAUAAAAAUGAAAUUAUAAGGGAAACAUUAUUUUACUUACUAAUCCAAUAAAGAAUAAAAAUUAUUUGUGUUAUAAUACGCACCAGCUACUUUGUGUAUAUCUCACUGUUUCAUUUUUGGAUGAGUCAGCAUAGUAAAUAACCACCUUUAUGCUGGCCAGGAGCAUCAUUUUACUGACCAAGUGAAGGGGAAGUGUUUAUCUGUGAUUCAAUCCAACAAGGAAGUCUCAUUUUCCAUGUGGGAGGCUUUAAAUAUUUUAGAGAACUUACUGUCUGUUAAAUACUUCCAUCUGGCAUUGCUUGGCAGAGAGAUGUUAAAUGGCCUUGUUUCCCGCCAUUUUAUUUCACUUCUGCUUGCUAAGUCUGCUCAUACAAAAUUCAUUAGUCUGGUCAGACUCUUUACAUUCCAUGUUUCUCCUUUCUUUGUAAAUUGUAUGCUUUGUCAUGCUGAUCUGGUCUGAGGUAGUCAGUGGUGUUGCUAGCUGUAGUUUCUCAGUAGUGCACUUACCGUCUUCAAAGUUAAGAGGUAAUUUUCCAGAUCAUAAUAGUUUUCUGAUUGAAACACUCAAUAAUAACAAGAAUUUAAAAACUGGUUCCUGCUACUUGGAGCAGGAGCAUAUUAGUAGAAAUUGAUGUAAUAAUCUUUUCAAAAAGAACACUGUAAAUCCUAGUUUUAUAUAAACCAUGUGAUUGCUUGGUAUACUGGGUAGCUGAAUGGCCUAAUUUUUUACCUGUUGAGAAGAACACACCCCCUCCCUCCCCCCCGCAUACACACACAGGCUUUACUAGUUGUUUUGUAGCUGUUGUUUUACAUUACAUUCUGAAGUUACUGCUCUGGCUUUAUUAAUUCCGUAGUAUCAAUUCAUAUUUUCUUAAGGUCUGUAGGAUUAUAGUGUAUAUUUUCUGCAUAAUUUCAUUUUGAGGGAGUAAAUCUGUGCUACACUUAGUUGUUACUCCAUCUGAAUAUUGUCUUAUGUGGUGCAACAAUUUCAUAUUGCCCCCAUUCUCUUUAGGUUAGAGGAGUAUGGAAUUGCUUGUAAGGAAUAGCAAACUUUUUUUUUUUUCCCUUCAGACUGCAAGGGGAAUUAUGUAGACCUUUUCUUUUACCCUUCACAAGGACACAAUUGAAAUAAUUAAAGGUGUCCUCGCUUAACACAUGCUGGGCUAUUUCACUUACUCCUGAUGUCUAACAGAUAAAAAUUUUGUCUUUUAAGUGCAUUGUAUGUAUCAAGUAAUGGCAGCACAGAGAAGGGAUAGUGUCAAAACUGGCUUGAUAUCUCUAUUUAGGAUGUUUGAUUCUUUUACAGUUGCUAUCACCAUUGCUAUCUUCAUUCUGCUUUUUCUUGUUGCAAUUACUAUCACUUUAUCAAUGUGACAUAUCUUAGUGAUUUUUAAAUAAAAGCAUUGCCUAUGGCUUGGCAUCUAGGAGGAAGAAUCAGUUCUGAAGAAAAAAAAACAUUUACAUUGCAGAAAGUUAAUGCUUAUCUUAAAGGAAAAAAAAAGCAUGUUGUAAAGUCAAUUCAGAUUCUAGCUGAGGAGAUGCCAAAUUACAGAGAACCAGUUAUUUUGUUAAGAGUAACUUACGGGAGUUCCAAAAUAAUGUGGACGUUCUACAAAGCAUAAAAGUAUCAAGGGAAACUGCUCUUCAUCUUUCUUUUUUUCAAAUACUAAGUAAUUAAAGUUUGUAUUUUGUAAGUCACGUUUCUUUCCUCAGAAAGACCAUAAGUAAUGCAUGUAACAGAAGAAAUAAUAGUUUAUCAGAGAAAAAAAACCAAACAAACAAAAUCUUGAGUGCAGUGAAGUAUGUGGCAAGAAGUCAUUUCAACAAUAAAUGAUUUACAAUGCAUAUAUUGUGAUAUCAGGCCCUAGUGUGUCAUGCAUGUCUGAUUUUCAUUUGUUCCAUGUUACGAGAAGGAUAUGGAUGGUAUCUGACAACUUUGUUGAAAAUUCAAUAACCAAAAAUAUUUUUAUUUGCAAAAUGUGGAAAUUUUGAUAGUUUUACACUGAAUGAACUAUCUCAAGAAUAUUAAUGCAUUCUUUGAGGUCAUACAGUGAUUUUUUAAUAGUUAAUCUAGUAUUUAUCUUCAUUAUUUCUCUGCUCUGUGUUUUAGACAGUUUUCUUAGUGUUUAUCUGGAUUUGGUCUAGUUACUUUAUAUGCAGAGCUUGCUUUAAAUAUACAGAAAAUUGAUAAAAUCUUGUAAAAUGUAAUUGAAUUCUAUUCUGAAGACUAUUUUGGUAGGUAUUGGUUGAAUGAAUUCUCUUGGUAACUACUACUUUCAGUUACUUUGCAUACGUUUUUAAUAUGUGCACCAGCAGCAAAGGAUAUGACAUCUUGUUCUCAGUCUUAUUGCUUAGAUUCAGUAAUAAUUAUCUUUAAUUAUAAAUUGUCUUGAAUUGGCAUCACUCGGUUGUCAUUCUGUUUGAGAGGCAAGGAGACAAGCCAGCAGUGAUCUGAAGAAGUAAUCUUUUUAAACUGAAGUACUGUUUUUUCCAGUGUUAUAACUGAUGCUGGGAAUUACUGAUGAGCUCAUACUUGUAAACAGCAGUGAAUAUUACAGAAGUUGUCAAAGGCUUUAUAACCAUAGAAAUGAUACUGUCACAAAGUAUUAAAUAUCUGUUUAUAGGUGAUGAUACAGACACUCACUGAGAAUCUCAAAUUUUAUUUUUUUUUUGUAGAAUCUACUAAAUAAUGUCUUUAUGUCUUUUCUGUUUUUUUUUCCCAGAUAAGGAUACAAAUAAUUUUGAGGCCAUAUGGCAGCUUGAAUAACUGGCAUUAAAAGUCUUGGGAAAGAAGGGCUGAACACAUACAUGCUGAGUUUUGGUCCUCUGCUGUUGGAGCUGGCCAGUCAUUUCUGUCACCAGCUAGCAGUCCCUAGCUCAGAUGGUCCCUUCAGUUCUUGGUAUUUGUGGCACCAGAUUCUGAUGGUGCUGUUGCUUUCAUAUGUCUGACAGAUUUCUUGGUUUUAAUACUGUUCCUCACAUUGCAGCACAGAAUAGGAGUUCUGGAGUUUCAGAACCUAAAGUACUUAGGCUGGACCUUGCUGUCUUGAAGACUUUCUGCUCUGAUUUUCCUUUGUACUGGUUUACAGUGAGGGUAAUUAUUGUGCAAUGAACUGCUGGGUUACUUUUCCAGGUUGAUUGCUUGUGGUUACCAGAGCACACACCCAUGUUUCAAACAAAAGUAAAUUAUUUUUUAAAGUUCUUUUCUGAGAAGAGCAGCCUUUGUGUUACUUUAAGACUUGAAAUGCCAAAAGUGCAUGAAGAUAUCUCUUCCUCCUACCUCUUCUUUAGGGCACAUAGUGCUGUGGGAAGUGAUUUGUUUGUUCUGGGCUUGUUUGUUUAUUUGUUUGUUUUGUUGCUUUUGCCAUUUAUAUGUGACUAGGUAAUAUGAUAUAUUUCCAACCUUGCAAUACGUCCAUUUUAUUUAUAUAUUUUCUAGCAUCAUUUCAGUUUCUUUUAACAGAACAAAUUGCGUCUCUCUGGAAGGUUCCAGGAGCGAUUUCCAAACUGCAGGGUAGAAGUUGGGAAUUAAGAGCAAGAACAGAUACUUAAGUUUCUUACCUAAAAUCACAGGGUAGCUGAAAGUUGUAAUGCAGAAUUUCUGUGUGCUGUGCCUCCAGUAAUCAUGGUUCCUCGUGCUGGAUAAUUUCAACUUCAGAAAUUGUCAUUAAUAUCUUUGUCUCACCAACUGAAGCCUCAUCAAAUUUACUGUUUCACUGUUUGAUAUGGUGUUAAAGUAGGAAACAACUGCUUCUGCUAUUCUAAAACUGGUAAUUCGCUGCAUAAAUACAUAUUGAAUUCAAUUAACUGUAAUGGGAAACAUUAUUCAGUUGUGUGCAGUGAAAAAUUUUGGUGUCUGGUUUGCUUCAGUAUUUCAAUUCUUUAUUUAACUGUUUUACCUGUAUUGAUUGAUUCACAGAGUUGUUAGGGUUGGAAGGGAUUUCUGGAGAUCAUUUAGUCCAACCCCAGACCAUUGAGUCCAACCCCAGAAUACUUAAAAGCUCAGUGGAUGAAGUACAUCUGCAGAAGUCACGGUCCACAAAACUAGUAAUGAAGAAUCCUAAGUAUACCACAACUGAGAAUGAAAAGAGACCAUUUAAGACUAAAGGAGCAUUAAAAAUAGUCUCUCCAUAAAAGAAGUCUUUUAAUGGCAAAUAAAAUCCUCUUCAGCAAAACUGUGGGCAUUUUGUUUACUGCUAGUUUAUUAGUGUAGGGAGCAGAAGGUUGAUUGGGGACUAAGCAGGGAAGGAGAGUUAGGAACAUGAGACCUCAGUCACUUAAAUCCAGGUUUAACCAAGAUUCUUUUGGUCUGGGUAGAUGGAAAAGAGAAAUACCAACUAGGUAUCUUCAAGAGGUAAAAAAUCACACAAAGUUUAUUAGUGAAUUAUAUAAGAUGAGGAACUUAGUCAAAUUAUUUAUUACAAUAUGAAACUCCACAGCUCAGACAUAGCCCACUGAAGAUAGAAGACCUUCAAACCCAUUUGCCAUUAUCUUCUGUUGAAAAGAAAGGGAGAAAGACUGAAAAUAUGGAGAAAACCAGACAUAACUACCAACUCCAGGGUUCCAAUGAUGUAAAGCUCCAAGAUGAAGGUUUCUGAGAAGACACAGCAACCACAUCUGCCGUCCAAGAGGGCUGCAGCCACUCCAAUUUGGACUGCUACCAGCACGCUGGCCAGAGGGGUGUCAGAUUGUAUUCUGGCUUUGUCAGUGGUCUUCCUUUUGUAUCUUUGCAUGUAUUUUUGUCUUUUUCCCUUUUCUCAAUAAAUUGUAUUUCUGACUUGGAGUCUCUCACUGGUUUUGCUUUUGAACUAGAACAUAUUUUUGGCGCCCAGUGUGGGGCAAGAAGGUACUGAGAGAAGUCAGAAUUACAAUUUUGUAUUGUAGAGGGUACCUAUUCACUAUGAUGCUUAACAUGCUCUUUUGAGUCUUGUACCUAGCUUUCUAUAUUUUCCCGAAUGUGGGGAACUAUCUGGCAAUUAUAAUGCUCAUGUGUAGACCAGGGUAUAGUAUGAGAAUUGCUUUAUUAAUCUAUUAUGUCUAUUGCAUUAUAACCUCCGUGGCAAUGAACAUGAUUUGGAAUAUGUACUCAAUUCUGUUUGCUUGUCCUAAUCUAGGCUGCUAUGUCUGGGGCCUCGGCAACCACACCCAGCCCCUGGGGGGAAGGGGUUAAGAUUGAUUUUUUCCAACCUUUCAGGCUUGACACAGCAGUUUUUGAAAAUGUUAAGUUCCCUCUGGAUGCCAAGGACAGCAUAAUGUUGUUGUUAGUUCUGCUUUGUCUUCUUGGCACAGUCUGCAACAUGCUUAGAAACAAAACACUACAUAGUGUGGUGCAGCAAAACACACAUAGUGUGAUGCAGUGUCUUCUUGAGGAAGAGGAAACAAGAAGCAAAGCAGUAGUGUCCGUGUCCGUACAGAAUGCCACAACAUCAUCCAUGUUGACACAGACUGUCAGAGAGGAGGAUGGAACCAAAAGCAAAACAACAGUGUCAGUGUCUACGCAGACUGUCACGGAGGAGGAAACCAAAAGCAAAAGAGGAGUGUCUAUGUAUACACAGACUGGCACAGAGGAGGAAGGAACCAAAAGCGCCAUCAGCAUCUCCACACAAACCAUCACUAAACCAGAGCAGCCUGAACCAAUAGUAGUUGCCCCCGUUCAGAAGAAGAAAUCAAGGAGCAAAUCAGUCUGCAUAGUGACUGACGAGGAUGCUGCAGGACCCUCACACCCAGCAGAAGAGACAGAGCCAGAAAUCAUCACUUGGUCUCUAUCCCUGGGUGAGCUGCAUGACCUGCGGAGAGAAUUCACCCACCAGACAAACGAGUCCAUCCUGACCUGGCUGCUCUGCAUCUGGGACGCUGCAGCCAAUGACACCAUUCUGGAUGGAAGUGAGGCCAGGCAACUGGGAUCACUGUCCUGGGAUGUGAUCAUUGACCAGGGGAUCGGGAGAACCCAAGAAACUCUCAGCCUCUGGCGGCAGCUGCUCACAAGUGUGAGGGACAGAUAUCUUUGUAAAGAAGACUUCCAGGUGCACCAAGGAAAAUGGAGCACCAUGAAACAAGGUAGCCGAUGCCUGAGGGAGUUGGCUGUGUUGGAGAUAAUUUUCUCAGAAGAGGAGAGAUUUCCUAAGAGUCCAGACUGUGUCCAGUGCACAUCACAAAUGUGGUUGAGAUUUGCACGGCUUGGACCAGAGAUGUACUCCCGUUACCUGGCAACACUGCGAUGGAGGGAAGGCGAGGACUGGGUGGGCGUCUCAGCAAUAAAUUAAGAAUUUAUGAGGAUACUGUCACCACCCCAUUUCAUACCCAUGUCUCCUCCAUGGAAACAAGGUUGGCUGAGCAAGUCCGGGACUUGAUUGAAGAGAGUCAUCAGAAACUAAAAAAGGAACUUAAGGAAGAAGGCUACCAUAUUUCACCAGAACCCACAAGAAUCUCUGCCAUUAGGAGCCAGCACUCCCAAGCCAAGGAGAGAGGAAACCUCUGGGUUUUUCUUCAGGAGCAUGGAGAAGACAUGAGGAAGUGGGAUGGAAAACCCACCUCCUCCUUAGUAGCCUGAGUACGUGAACUAAAAAGAAUACCUAACACAAAAAGCUCAUCUAGAGUCAAUGCUGCUCCAGUCUCUCACACACAGAAUUCCAGACAAUAUAGGAAUGAUCCUCUUGAAGGAACCUCAAGAACCUAUUUACAGGAAGAGAGCAACAUGUACCAUGACCAGGAAUAGAGGGGCCCUGCCUCUAGCCAGGUAGAGGACAGGGAAAAUCGAAUCUAUUGGACCAUGUGGAUUUGAUGGCCUGGCACAUCUGAACCACAAAAAUAUACAGCUUUGGUUGACACCGGUGCCCAAUGUACCCUGAUGCCAUCAAGAUAUGUAGGAGAAGAAUCCAUUUCUAUUUCUGGGGUAACAGGAGGAUCCCAGCAGCUUACUGUAUUAAAGUGAGUUUAACUGGGAACGGGUGGCAGAAACACCCCAUCGUGACUGGCCCAGAGGCCCCAUGCAUCCUUGGCAUAGACUAUCUCAGAAAUGGAUAUUUCAAAGACCCAAAAGGGCAUUGCUGGGAUUUCAGAAUAGCUGCUGUAGAGACAGAAGACAUCUGGAAACUGAACACCUUGCCUGGUCUCUCAGAUGACCCGACUGCUGUGGGACUGCUGAGAGUUGAGGAACAGCAGGUACCAAUUGCCACAGCAACAGUACACCAUCGGCAAUAUCGUCCCAGCAGAGACUCUGUGAUUUCCAUCCAUGAGAUGAUUCGUAAAUUGGAGAGCCAAGGGAUGGUCAGCAAGGCCCAUUCACCUUUCAACAGCUCUAUAUGGCCAGUGCACAAGUCCAGUGGGGAAUGGAGACUAGCGGUAGAUUACCGCAGCCUGAAUGAGGUCACACCACCACUGAGCACUGCCGUGCCAGACAUGUUGGAGCUUCAAUACGAGCUGGAGUCCAAGGCAGCAAAGUGGUAUGCGACCAUUGAUAUUGCGAACGCCUUCUUCUCCAUUCCUUUGGCAGCGGAAUACAGACCUCAGUUUGCCUUCACCUGGAAGGGAGUGCAGUACACCUGGAACCGACUGCCCCAGGGGUGGAAGCACAGUCCCACCAUCUGCCAUGGACUGAUCCAGGCUGCGCUGGAAAAGAACGAGGCUCCCGAACACCUACAGUAUAUCGAUGACAUCAUUGUGUGGGGGAGCACAGCAGGGGAAGUUUUCAAAAAAGGAGAAAAAACUAUCCAGAUUCUGCUGAAAGCUGGUUUUGCCAUUAAACAAAGCAAAGUUAAGGGACCAGCUCAAGAAAUCCAGUUUCUAGGAGUCAAGUGGCAAGAUGGACGUCGUCAGAUCCCAACAGAAGUAAUCGACAAGUUCACCGCUAUGUUUCCACCUACCAACAAGAAGGAGACACAAGCUUUCCUAGGUGCCAUAGGCUUUUGGCAGAUGCACAAAUUAUAAGCCCUCUCUACCUGGUCACCCGCAAGAAGAGUGAUUUCCACUGGGGCUCCGAACAGCAACAAGCCUUCACCCACAUCAAGCAGGAAAUCGCUCAUUUGGUAGCCCUUGGCCCAGUCAGGAUGGGACCAGAGGUAAAGAACAUGCUCUACUCUGCAGCUAGGAACCAUGGUCUGUCCUGGAGCCUUUGACAGAAGGUGCCUGGGGAGACUUGGGGUCAACCACUGGGAUUCUGGAGCCGGAGCUACAAAGGCUCUGAAGCAAACUACACUCCCACAGAGAAGGAAAUCUUGGCUGCAUAUGAAGGAGUUCAAGCUGCCUCAGAAGUAAUUGGCACUGAAACGCAGCUGCUUCUGGCACCCCGACUACCAGUGCUGGGGUGGAUGUUUAAAGGAAAGGUUCCUUCCACACAUCAUGCCACAGACACCACAUGGAGUAAAUGGAUUGCCCUCAUCACUCAGUGCGUCCAUAUUGGAAAUCCGAAUCACCCUGGAUUCUGGAAAUGAUAACAAACUGGCCUGAGGGGGAGACUUUUGGAUUGUCUUCUGAAGAAGAGGAGCAAGUGGCAUGUGCCGAGGAGGCCCCACCAUAUAAUGAACUAUCGGAAACUGAAAGACAAUAUGCCCUUUUUACAGAUGAUUCCUGCCAAAUCAUAGGCACUAGCCGGAAAUGGAAAGCUGCAGUGUGGAGCCCCACACGACAAGUGGCACAAGAGGGACAAGGUGGAUCGAGUUAGCUUGCAGGGCUUAAAGCCAUCCAGCUGGCUUUGAAUAUUGCUGAGCGACAGAAGUGGCUGAGGCUCUGUCUCUACACCGACCCAUGGAUGGUAGCUAAUGCUCUGUGGGGAUGGCUGAGUCUCUGGAAAAAGGCCAGCUGGCAGUGCAGAGGGAAACCCAUCUGGGCCACCGAGAUCUGGCAGGACAUUGCCACCCUAGUAGAGAAGCUGACCGUGAAGAUUCGACACGUGGAUGCACACAUACCCAAGAGUCGGGCUACUGAAGAGUGUCACAACAAAGAAAAGGUAGACUGAGCUGCCAAGGUGAAAAUAUCACAAGUAGACCUAGAUUGGCAGCAUAAGGGGGAAUUAUUCCUAGCUCAUUGGGCCCAUGGUGCUUCUGGGCAUCAGGGGAGAGACGCAACAUACUGAUGGGCACAUGACCAAGGGAUGGACCUUACUAUGGACAGCAUCUCACAGGUCAUGCACGACUGCGAGACCUGCGCUGCAAUCAAACAGGCCAAGUGGAUGAAGCCUCUGUGGUACGGUGGGCGAUGGUUGAAAUACAGGUAUGGGGAAGCCUGGCAAAUUGACUGUAUCACGCUUCCCCAAACCCACCAAGGCGAGCACUAUGUACUGACCAUGGUGGAAGCAACCACAGGAUGGUGGGAAACCUACCCUGUGCCUCAUGCCACUGCCCAGAACACCAUCUUAAACCUGGAAAAGCAGGUCUUGUGGAGACACGGCACCCCUGAGAGAAUUGAGUUGGACGAUGGAACACAUUUCAAGAACGGCCUUAUCAACACCUGGGCCA